UCUCCACCCACACCCUAGAGUCAGAAGCUCCCCAGACCUCAGCAGUGCUGGUCAUGGGGCCCCCAACCUUCCUCCUGCUGCUUCUCUCCAGGCCUCUGGCCCCCACAGACCCCUGGGCUGGCUCCCACUCUCUGAGGCUUUUAGAAACCGCGACGUCCUGGCCCGGCCUCGGGGAGCCCUGGUACUUCGCGGUGGGCUACGUGGACGACACGCAGUUCGGGCGGUUCGACAGUGACUCUCCGGAUCAAAGGGUGGAGGUGCUGGCGCCCUGGGCGGAGCUGGUGGGGCAGGAGGAUCAGGAAGAGGAGACGCGGAACCAAAGACUCUCGGCGCAGAGGCUCAAAGCGCUCCUGGAGGACCUGCGCGGCUACUACAACCAGAGCCGGGACGGGUCUCACACGAUCCAGAGGACUUUGGGCUGCGACGUGGGGCCCGACGGGCGCCUCCUCAGCAUGUAUGAUCAGUUCGCCUACGACGGCGCCGAUUACAUCGCCCUGGGCGGGGACCUGCGCUCCUGGACCGCGGCGGACCUGGCGGCUCAGCUCACCCAGCGCAAGUGGGAGGAGGAAGGUCGGGCAGAGCAGGACCGGAGCAGCCUGGAGGGCAAGUGCGUGGAGUGGCUCCCCAGACUCCUGGAGAUGGGGAAGGAGGCGCUGCAGCUCAGAGGCCCCCAAAGGGCAUAUGUGACUCAACACCGCAUCUCUGAGCAUGAGGUCACCCUGAGGUGCUGGGCCCUGGAUUUCUACCCUGCGGACAUCACCCUGACCUGGCAGCGAGUUGGGAAGAACCUGACCCAGGACACAGAGCUCGUGGACACCAGGCCUGGGGGGGAUGGAACCUUCCAGAAGUGGGCAGCUGUGAAGGUGCCUUCUGGAGAGGAGAAGAAAUACACGUGCCAUGUGCAGCAUGAGGGCCUGCUGAAGCCCCAAGUACUGAGAUGAGCGACACCUUUUAAGUUCUCCAUCAUCGCCAUUGUCCUCCUCGCUUGUUCAGUUUUCUUUGCGGGUGUGGGCAUUGGACACAAGGUGGCUUCAUGUGUGAGGACAUAGAAGAAGUACUCAGGUAGGGAAGGGAGUGGGGGAACUUGUCAACUGGGGGAUUUCAAGUCCCAGGGAGAACUUGCCCUACCUGCUUAAUGGGAAGUUCCAUCCGCACAUGUGCACAUGUGUGUUGUCCAGAGGUACAGUCCCCCCUCACCUCCUUUCUUCAUUUUUCAGAGUCCUAAUCUAUGUUUUUAGUCACAGUUCUGGAAACUUCCCUGUUCUGCAGGAUUAGAAGAUUCCUUUAGGACUUCUGACCUGGCUCCUCCCUGGUCUCACAUGAUGUUUCUUCCCACAGGUGGACAAGGAGGAAGCUACACUCAGGCUGCAGUGUGAAACAGCCUUGUGUUGGCCUGAGUGUUACAGGAUUUAUUUUUGCCCACAUUUUGUGGCUUUAUGAUCGCCUAGUUUAAACCACACCUGCAAGAAUGGCCCAUAUCCAGAAGACUAGAAACUCAAGUGCUAGGGAGGAUAUGGAAAAAAGGGGGCAGUCCUACAUUGUUUUUGGAAUAUAGACUGAGCCAGCCCUUAUGGAAAGAGUAUUGAGGUUUCUAAAAACAGUAAAUGUGGAUCUGCCAUUGCACCCAGCAAUUCUACACUGAGGAUCUACUCACAGAGGAUACUCUACUGUGAAGGGACCUGCACUCAUGUCUCCACUGCAGCACUAUUUACAGUAGCCAAGUAUGGACACAACCUAAAUGCCCCAAACAGGUUAGAAAUCAAGAAUAAGCUGGGAUUACAUAUAUUACAUACAUGUACAUGUACAGGUGAUGUGUGUCCCUGUAUAAUGAAAUAGCAUCCACGGUCAGAAAACAUAACUCAUGCCCCUGUGGCAACAUGGAUGGAAGAGGGAAAAGUCAAAAGGAAAAAGACAGUACCUGAUGAUAUCACCUAUGUAUGGAUGUAGAGAAACCAAAUGAAAGGCCAGAUUAAGCCAAACUUCAAAAGUAAACCUUGAUCGUCCCCAGGCUGGGCCUUUUGCUGACCAGGGCUGCAGACCAGCCCAGGCUUCCUGGCCCGGCAGCACUGAAUGGUGAACUGACCCUCUCUAGCUUGGCAUCAGACUCAUUUGACCACAAAGCCUGAUUCCCACUGACUGAGUCCCCCAUUGUGUCUUGUUGCACCUGCCUGCACCACCACUGGGUCCCCAGCCUCUGCUGUUUGCUGGGUCUGAGAUGGAUCUUGUACUUGAUGCUGCAGUUAUGUAAAAGAAGGUGACAGAAGAAAAGCCCAGCAGCCAGCUGGAAAUGGUAAAAAAUGAAAAGUUAUUCCAUGGAGAGCUUAUAAAGACUGAGCAGAUUGUUGCCCAAUUAUUAAAUAUUUUUAAAGAUUUAUUUAUUUAUUCAUACAAGAACCAGGGCACAGGCCAGAUGUGCGGGAGGGUGAGAGGACCCACCAGAGACAGAGCGGGGAACAGAACAGGCAGACUGACGAAAUACACUCUUGGGGGGAGCAGCAGGCGAGACAGGAGAGGUCUGCUGCGCCAGUGACACCCUUGCCAGCCGGCCGGGAUGGAACUGGCGCCGCAGAUGCUGCAGACAGCCCAUAGCGCUGCGCCCAACUGCCUCCGCCACCAGGGGAGGCCCAUUAUUAAAUAUUUUUAAUGAGGGGAAAUAAUCUACAUCCAGCCAGGAGACGUAGCAAUGGUAGCAUUUGAAACUCCGCAUUGAGGACCCUACUGAGGGAUGGUCAUGCUGAGAGACCAAGAGAAACCAACCUCCUGCGUAAAUACCAGGGGUGACCUAAGAGGUGACUGUGUCUUUCCAGCCAGCGAAUCUGUAACUUAUGUUUUCUGAACAAUAAUUUUGAAAAAGGUGGAGAGAAAGUAAAUUAUUGAGGGGACAAGGUUAUAUCCUUUUGCUUUAACCCCCCACAUUCAUUAAGAAAAAUUCACUUUGUUUAAUAAUGCCAAGGCUCUGUGCCAAACAAAGAAACACAAAUACAGAAUUCAGAUAGGGCUACAGCAGCAAGGUCACCUUUGAGACCUGUCAUUGCUACUGAGUGUCCAGCACCACCUCUCGGUGCUGUGGCCUCCUUCCCAUCCAGCCUGGCAUUCAGACUGAGGCUGUGCCUGUUGGGGUGUCUCCUCAAAGGGGAGCACCCCGUGGGAGCAUCUCCAGCUGCCACUGGGACUUGGAACCUGGCCCAGUGCUUGGUAGCUGUGCCACCAGUUCCAGGCCCUCCCUGAUGGGACUGUACCACCUUACACAGGCAGCCUUAGUUUGGGACUAUUGGACACUGUGGACACUAUCUGGGGUGACAUAGCUGGCCACUGAGGCCUUAGAGAAUCUUUAUUUCCCUGCUCUCCUGUUUGUUAAAGAAACCUCAUUGCUGUUCCCUGAGCCUGAGUGGUUGCAACUGACCACACAGGUGAGAACCACAGGCAGUGCCCCGUCAUCUACCUCAGUUCUGUCCUUCUGAGAGGGAGCCAGGGAGGGAGGGCCCAUACCUAGUACAGGAAUCUGCGCACACACAGGCUGCACAUACACACUACAUGACUCAUGAUCUGUUUUCUUUUAACUAAAGCUCUUGUUUUAAACUGAGAUUCCUGCCCUGAUGAUGCCCCAAAGAGUGCCAGACACUGGUGCCCUCUGAUGUACCAGGGGCAAGAUAACCAGGAGGCUGACGGCUGGUUCUGGGGCUUAUCAUGACGGCCGCAAGGAAUGUCAGCUGGGACCGGCUGUUCUGAUGGACGAUUUUCUCAGAACUUGAAGGUUUGUCAGAGCAGAGAGCACCGGGAGACACACAGGAGAGAGACUUGUGGAAAAGCCACCUUGCUUCUUGGAAACUUGAACCAGAAACUUAGAUGCGUGGAAGAAGACGCCUGAAAGAGACCCAUGGGGAGAGUGACCUUUCCCUUGUCUUGUACUUUAAUUUUGCUCCUUUUGGCCCAGACUUUCUGGGUCCUUCCAUCCAUUUCCCAGGUCCCCACCUGAAGGUGCCUGAGACUUGGGGGGCCUUUCAGGCUGCAGUGGCCCAGCUUUGGGCCAAGGCUGUGUGGUUGGGUCUUUACCAACGAGGGGAUGGAGAACUUUGGGUGUUUUAUUGCCAGUGUUCUUUCUUCUCUUUUCUCUCCAUUCACAUUAAACCUUUUAAAGUUCUUUCACACUAAGGAAAAAAAAAUACAGGUUUUUCCUGAAACUAAAGAUAACUGCAAAUCUUGACUCAUAAAUCUUGUAUCUUUUUAUGAGCAAGCCGAAACAGUUGCUUUUCUCUCUCUCCCCCCAAAAUGUAAAAUUUUUACUAAAUGUUCUGAUUUCAGGUUUCAAAAUGUGUGUUUGAACAAAUCCAAUAAUGUUCCUCCCCCCUACCCUCCC